GGUUCGUGAAGGCACCAUUGUGUCACGUGACGUUCAGUCAUGGCGUUCCCCCUCCGUAAGCGGCUGCGCUGUUUCCUGCCGUUCUUGAUGUUAUUCUGCGUUUGUUCCCACCUGGAGCUCGUGUUCUCUGAGGACGUGGAGCGCUGCGAACACCUGAGACUCGGACAGUAUCUGUGCAAAGAUCCGAAGAUCGAUGACGCCACUCAGGAGCCGGAGAACUGCCGGAACAUGCAGGCCCAGGUGGAGUGCUUCCCAGCUCCCAACAUCAGCUGUCGGCUGCAGGACGGGAGGGAGGUCGGCUUUGGCGGAGAGUUCGGCUUCAACAGAUCCAUCCCCUGUAGGAAUGUGAGCGGUUACUCCUACAAAGUGGCCGUGGCCUUGUCUCUGUUCCUGGGCUGGCUUGGAGCGGACCGCUUUUACCUGGGAUACCCGGCUCUAGGUCUGCUGAAGUUCUGCACCGUGGGUUUUUGUGGGAUCGGCACGCUGAUCGACUUCCUAUUGAUCGCCAUGCAGUCCUGCGAACACGAGCGGAUGUGAAUUUGCGCGUCGAUGUUUAGAAGAAUAAAUGAAAACGAUGAAGAGCUGAUGGGUUAAGUUAUCCGCUCCCCUGGAGAGUUUGGGCAGUUCCUGUCUCUGCCUCAAGGGGGAGACAGACGGGCUGUUUGGUCAGAAAAAUGAGUAAUUCAGUAGAAACUCAAACUUUGGUUAAAAUGCAUUCCAUUGAGGUUGGGCAGGAAAUUCAGCCAUCUUUGACCUCUUACUUCCUGUCUUCUGCGAGAGCAGUGCCAGUGAUGAGGUGGUGGUGGAAGGGGGGGGGGGGGUGUCAGCCUCCUGAUCAGUAUUCAACCCCUCCAUCGUCCGCGGCUCCCGUGACGAUGACCAAGGCUUCCGGACACUUCUAAUGGACGCUGAGAGAAGAGGAGGCGGAUGAGGGAAGAAACAAAAUAAAACAGAUGAAAGCAGCUGAGCAUCCGUCUGAGAGGAAGCAGCUCAACAUUCAGCCUGAUGCAGAUGUUUGCCUCACAUCUGUGGCUUCAGGACAACGCUUUCUUCCAUGUUGUGUCUGGAAUUAAGACAUGGUACAGUCCUGAUGGGACUUUUUUCAGUCAAUCACAUCAGAACAGAGAAGGUUUGAGAAAACCAAACUCAAAGCCACAGCAGAAUAAACCACGAGUCAGCUUUUC